AUUGGGUACAAUAUACUACUUGUAUUAGUUGGGUAGUAUAUGCUUGAAACUUUAAGACCGAUUAGUAAACUCAACAAUUUACCGGCAUUUUUAUUCCAUUCAUAUUUCAAAAUCAUGGAAGGGUGCAAAACAGGAAAAUUAAUAAUCGAAGGAAAAACAAAACAAGUUUUUGAACUUGUUGAUAAUCCUUCAUUAUGUCUCCUCUUGAGUAAAGACCGAAUCACUGCUGGAGAUGGUGUUAAAUCACACAAUCUCGAAGGGAAAGCAGCAAUCAGCACAGCAACAAACGCUAAAGUAUUUGAAUUGCUAAAUAAAGCUGGUUUGAAAACAGCUUUUGUAAAGUUGGCUGGAGAAAAAGCUUUCGUAGCUAAAAAAUGUGAAAUGGUUCCCAUUGAAUGGGUCACCAGAAGAUUGGCUACCGGAAGUUUUCUUAAAAGACAUACAGGUGUACCUGAAGGCUAUCGUUUCAAUCCUCCACUUCAGGAAACAUUUUUUAAAGAUGAUGCUAAUCACGAUCCUCAGUGGUCUGAGCAGCAAAUAAUAUCAGCGGGAUUUAAAUUCAAUGGUGUAACUAUUGGUAAAGAUGAAGUUGAUAUUAUGCAGCGUAUGGCACUUGCUGUUUUUGAGAUUCUAGAACGUGCUUGGGCUACUCGUGAUUGCGCGCUGAUAGAUAUGAAGAUUGAGUUUGGUGUUGAUACUGAUGGUGAAAUAUUGGUGUCUGAUAUAAUUGAUAGCGAUUCUUGGAGACUGUGGCCUUCUGGAGACAAAAGAUUGAUGAAAGACAAGCAGGUUUACAGAAAUUUGACAACUGUUACUGAUGCUGAUUUACAAACAGUAAAACGCAAUUUUGAGUGGGUAGCUGAGCAACUUGAUUAUCUUGUACCUCCGACAAAAUCGAUGGUCGUAAUUUUAAUGGGGUCGCCUUCAGAUGAAGAUCAUUGCAAAAAAAUAGCAAAGUAUGCUACUGAUUUAGGUCUCAGAGCGCAGAUGAGAGUCACUAGUGCUCACAAAGGCACUGUUGAGACAUUAAGAAUUCUUGCUGAGUAUGAAGGGACUGGUGAAAAGGUCGUGUUAAUCGCAGUUGCUGGUAGGAGCAACGGACUUGGUCCAGUACUUUCAGGCAAUACUGCAUUCCCGGUAAUAAAUUGUCCACCUGUUACUACUGAGAAUGUUGAUCAAGAUAUUUGGUCCUCAUUGAAUGUUCCUUCAGGUCUUGGCUGUACUACUGUACGUUAUCCUGAAAGUGCAGCUCUAGCAGCAGCUCAAAUCCACGCUCUCCAUGAUCAUGUUGUCUGGUCACGUCUUCGUGUAAAACAACUCAACAAUUUCGUAACUUUAAAACAAGCUGAUAUGAAGUUUAGGAAUUUGAAAAUUUAAUUUUUUUAUGAAUUUUUAUAUUCUUUAUUUUUUAUACUUAUACUUAUUGAAUUUUUUAAAAUGAUCAUCAAAUUUUUUUAAACAUUAUUGUAAAUACACAAUAAGAAAAUACUAAUAAUAAACAAUUUUUUAAAUAAUA